AAAAAGCCGACAUGUCUUCGUGUGUAAAGUCCAGUCCGUCACCUCCUGCUUUACCGAAACCAGACAGCCGGAGGUCGAAGAGACUCCAUCACUCUGCGGGGCAAAACAAGUCAUUAUCUGAGUUUCCUGAAGUUAAAGACAGAUCAUCACUAAGUGAAGGAGUCCAAAUGCCAGUGCUUCCCCCACAAAAUGGACAAAACUACUUCAUACCAGAUGAGCUUCUCUUUACUCUCACCUCACCUGAAUGGCAGCAAGACAGAGCCCAGUACAACAAAACCCUCAAACACUCAAAGGUUUGUGGAAUACGUGCACCAGAUGCAGUAUGGCACCACAAUGUAGGUCGCAAAAAAUAUCACUACUUUCUCGACCAGCCAACAUCUGUGACUGGAGCCGGCAGGGAUAUAUCCUUUCUGUGUGAUGCUUUGGCAUCUCAGAGGGAGCGGAUCUCCCUCCCGCCUGUGCCUGACCGGACCACCAUUUCUUUGGAAGACAGUCAAAAGGAUACACAUUCUACACAGACGUUAAUCCCAGAGGAAUACCAUAUACUGACAAAUAAAGGAGUGAAAGCACUGCAUUGUUAUGAUGACAAAUUUACAGUUCUACUAGAGGAUGAGCAGAAGAGGCUCAAGAACUUUCCAUCAAUGAAGCCAAGUGGGCGUCUGGAGGCAGUGCAGCUGAUGAGGGUAAUGGAUGAUAUGCUGGAAAAGGCAGGUGCCAGUCAAGAGCUGGAGGAGGUCAAAGGCAUUUCACAGAUCCAGGGUCUCUUGGAGUUGGUGCGGGUGGAGCAGAACAUCUAUAACAUUGUGUUUCAUGAGUUAAUUCGGCAGGUGAGCGUGGAAUGUAUAGAGAGGGGCCAGCUGCUAGCUAAACUCAGGCACAGGUAUGUGGCUCUACUGGACCGAAUCCCCCGUCAGCUCAUAGAUCUGCAUACAGAGACCCUGGCACAGAGAGCUCUGGACCGCCGCCUGACUGAAGAGAUCAUCUGCUUCAAGAAUUCUAUUGCACAACUUAAUGAAGAGUUGAAUCUGCUGAGGGAACACGAUGAGCAUUUGUCCAAACAGGCUGAAAAAGCCCAGGAGGAGCUAGCUGAAGCACUAAAGCAGUCACAGCUUGACUCUGACAUUGUUGGGGAGUACCACAAGCUGUAUGAACUGCAGAGGCAAAGACUAGAAGGGCAAAUAAUCAUACUGACUGAAGAGAGGGACUUAUGGAGCAAGGUCACCUACAGUAUCGCUCUCAAGGUUAUUAAGCUAAACAAUCUGCAGCUGGUCAGCAGACUUCAUCUUAGUGAGCAGGCAUGGAGCAAAACCGCUGAGCAUUUCACCACUGUCCUGACAGCAAAGGACUCUGAGGACCUAAAUCGCAUCAUGCAGCUGACAGACCAGUGGAAAGAGCAGCUGACUGGUUUCAUGGAGAACCUCAAAGAGACUGAAAAUAAACAGUUUGAGAGUAUCAGGUCCAUCCAGGAUGGCCUUGUGAGGUGGCACAAGCACUGUCAGAAUAACGCCAGGAGCCCUAAUGUAAAACUGGAAAAAACAUCAGAAGAGUUGUUGGUCAAUGACUUGAAGCAAUGGUCAAUGGUGUUGACGAUGCAGUGUGAGAGGUAUGGAGGAGAAGAACUUCUCACUUUUCAAGAGACUCUUCACACACUGGAGCAGCUUCAGGAUUUGUGGGUGGAGGUGUAUGUGCAGCUGUUCAUGAGACAUCCAUCAUGGGAUGGAGAAGCUCCUAAGGGACCAGCAGCCAUGAGAGAAUUGAGCUGUGCUAUCAAUGAGCUCCACACGCAGUUGGGUAUUUGUAUCAGUGGAGAGAGUGGAAUUCAUCAACAGUUGGUCACUCUGGCUGCAGUAAUUGAAUCCUGGGCUAACAGAUUGAAGCCUCUUAUUAGACGGCCCGAAAUGUUGCAUGACUCUGAGUGGUCGAAGCUGGAAAAGGCUCUAGAAAGCUGGAUAAAUCUGUGUGAGGAGGCCCUGGUAAAUGUGAGCAACACACAGACAGAGAGUGACAGGAUCAAGCAUAAGCCUCACACUAAGAUCAAAAUCGACGUGGUCUUGAACAUGCUGAGGGAGUUUGUCUCCUCUCAAAACAACUUCUUUGACCACACCAACCUGACACUGUGUGAGGAGGUCGGCUCUUUGCAUGCUCUGCGGACUCGCUGGAUGGUGGAUCUGCUGCUGUUGAUGGUGCCAGAUGAGUGUGAUGCCCAGGAUCUUCAUCCUGCACCAAGCCCAGAAUUAAACGUCUUUAGGGAUGUGUCUUAUCAGAAGCUGGAGGACGAUGCCAAGAAUCUUGAACAGAAACUUAACUACUUCUCCAAAUAUAUUGCAAAUUCUUGCCAGACGAUUGUGGAGGAGAUGGCGCAGAAAAAUAUGUCUCGGACUGACACAGAAAAUGAAGUUUACCAGCUUAACAAGCUUCAGAGGGAGUGUGCCGAGUGGGUGGACGUCUGUCAGAUUCUGCUGUGUGAUUUGAUGGGACGUCCUUUGAAGCUGCAGCUGGCUGAGGAAGCUGUGCCCAAGUUCAUCACUGACCUCUCCUUAUUUGUGGAGAGUGUACCCUCUCCGGCUGAUGUAUAUGAAGAACCAGAGAGGUCAGUAAAAGCAAAGGAAGAUGAGAAGGCUUUUGUAAAAGCAGGUGGCAGGCCAUAUACACCCUUACAAGUGAAUAAGCAGGUGGAAGAAAUGAGAGAGGAUGGCACAGAGGAUCAAAAGAGUGGAUCAGUCAUGAAGCUUAUCGGCCAUGAUGGUCACAUUAUCGAACAGAUCUUGGAAGGGAAAACUGUGCGCAUCACUGGGACCAGUGAUCAUGUGGCGCGACCAUACUCUGAGAAUGCACAGCAGGCUUUCAGUGCACUGGGUACUCUGGGGAUUCUUCAGCAGGAGCUGCUAACUGUGGAGGCUCGUGCUAUCAGUGCUGAAGAGAGGGCUCUAAAGGCAGAGGAAGCCCUUCAGGAAGCUUUAGAGAAGAUCCAUGAUUUAGAGAGACAGCUACCACAAAAAAGCUGUCUAGAAACCAAAGCAAACGAGCCUGUUUCACCAGUUGCUAAAGAGGAGGCUAUUGCAGAACUGAAAGAGGUGAGCCACUCCCAGCCCUAAAUCUACUAAAAGCAGCAAGAAACGCUAAACCUACUGUGUCUACAUUGGAUGGGCAAGUUUUCUACAUGCAAAAGAAAAUAUAUAUUUCUGUCAUUUGCUUUUCAGUUACAAAUGAUAAAUGAUAUUUUAGAGAAAUAAUUCCUUCUCAUGCUCCCAGAUCUACUCUUUUUUAUGUAUAUUCUAUUCUAUAUCUGUGCCAGAAGGAACAAAAAAAGUGAUGGUAUAUCCUGGUCUUUUAGUACAUUUACAGUCGGUCAGCAUUGUUGAGUCUGGACCAAAACCACCAAAGCAACUCCAGAUCAUAACACCACUUCCAGAAAAUUGUAUAGUUGCAACAAUUUGACUCGGCCGAAAUGACAACCUUUUAUUUUUUGGCCAGACAGUGUAUAAACGUUGAAUUUCUUGUUAUUUUUAUUAUUAUUAUUUUCCCCAAGAUACAAAUAAAAAGUCUGAAAUUUUACAGAACAAUCAAUGCAUAAUGUAUAUGAAGUAUUUAAGUACAUAAUAAAAGAUAUGGUUUUCUACCAGAAGGAUGUUUGCAUUUUGAAUUACAGAACAGUACAAUUACAGUUUGCAUUUUGAAUUAGAUUUUUGGUUAAGCAGUAAUUUUAUGUUUUUUACCUCACUGCCAAAUCGCGACUUAUUUAACAUGAUUAGAUUGUUCAUUGUAGCUAAAUAAAAUGAAAUAAAAUUCACAUAAGACAAUGGUCCACUCUAAGGCGAACACAAUUACUGUAUGCAAUACUAUAAUGUCCUUUAGAUUGGGCAGAAUGUGGGCUAAAAUAGCUAAAUUUAAUUGACAUAAAUAUUUUACAUUAAAAUUAAUUGAAUGAUUUUCGAUUGAUUUUCAAUUAAUCAAUGUCGCAGGGUGCUUGGGCCCGCAAAUCGUUGCUUGCAACUAUAUUAUUAUUAUUAUUAUUAUUAUUAUAACUUCUACUACUGCAUUCCACUGUCA